AAGUUUAAUUUCACUUUUAUGGAGGAGGGUAGCCUGGUCCCAGAUCUGUUUGUGCUUUUGCCUACUCCAUUGCCAUUGCCAAGCUAAACAUUUUUGGCAUUACAAUUCCAGAGGAGUUGGCAAGAAAGCAUAAACAGACUGGUACCCAGGCUAUGGAGCAGAAGGGAAGAAGGAAUUUCCCGCUUUUUUUCUCUCAUCUCAAUACUGUGGUAAUACAGUAAAUCACAUUUUCACCAUGUCUGCUGCACUCUACAACUCCCUGUUUAUUCUGCUCAUAAUCCUCCCUAAAGGGUUCUCUCAGUUGGUGAGAACACAACAGGUUGUCACAGCAACCCUGGGAGAAGAUGCAGUCUUAAACUGUGAGCUCAUGACACCCAAAGACGUGCGGCAAGUCACCUGGCAAAAAGUGACAACUGGGCAGAAUGAGAAUGUGGCCACCUACAGUAAACGUGGUCCCAAUGUCAACCCACCUUUUAAGGGGAAAGUGGAGUUUGAAGACGAGGGACUGCAGAACUGCUCUAUCAUCAUCAGAGGAGUGUCAAGAGGAGACGAGUCCUGCUACAAGUGUCUGUUUAACACCUUUCCAGAUGGACCAAUCAGCGGAACGACCUGCCUCCAAGUCAAUGAGCUGUAUGGACCCUCACUCCUCAUCACACAAACCAACAACAGUCACACCACUCUGUCCUGUUCUGCUACUGGACGACCUGCUCCUAUAGUGACCUGGGACGACAUGAUGAUAGAACAUUCCACCACGGUCGAUGUCACCCAUCCCAAUGGAACUAUCACUGUGACAACUACUGCAACAGUGGCAGUGGCCAGUCUAACUGACAAAGAGGUUAGGUGUGUUGUGUCACUGUCCUUCAGUGAUGUCACCAAUAAUGCUUCCAUGGUGAUUCCAGCUAGUGAUCAAGCUUCAAUUACUGGUCAAUCUCAGGUCUCUGAUGAUGACUGGAUCAGUGAUGCAGUGGCUGGUUCAGUGGUUGGUUCAGUGUGUCUCAUUGCUGUAAUCUGUGUAUUAGUGUUGCUGCUAAAGAGGAUAAAAGAGACCUCGUCCAGAAAACCCCAGUAACUGACCCUGAAACCAGCAGAACUCCCUUAAAGACACCACCACCAUCCAAACAUUUUUUCAGGUCAAACUCGUCAACCAGCUCACCAACCAGCUCACCAACCAAGCGUAGGACGACUAAGAACUCCAGUCCGUCACACAUCAUACAAUCCCUCAGCUCGUCAGACAAGCGCAGGAUGCAACCAGCUCAGGAGGCUGUAAAGAGGAACCUUUUUCAAUGACUACUGAGUGACUACUCACACUGCCACACACACACCUUAUCAUUAUUGACUAAUCUGGUUCAUGUUAUUUUAUCUUUAAAAGUCUGUGACAAUCAAUACGUAUUUUAAAAGCAGUCCUUUUUUAAAGAUGUUGUAUUGAGCCUGUCAUAACAGUUAGCUUAGUUGCCUGGUUUGGCUCAGGUCAUGAUACUCUAGGGCCUAGGGAGAGUUGUGCAGGUCAGUUUAAAGAUUGUAGGGAGAAACCAUAAGGCUCUCUGAGACAUUUACAAAGAUCACACACGUACGAGGGGAAAAUCAAUCUUAUUGGACACUUCCACUGAACAAUCAAUAUGCAGUACUGCCAUCAGGUAACAUAAUCAGGUUUUGACCUCUUAAAACCAAGAGAGACGGCAUCAGUACAGCUUUUAAAUGACAUUAUGUAUUUUUUACUCAUGUUUAUCUUGUAUAUACCUUGUAAGCAUUUGUAUCUGUCAUGUGUGUUGCUGUUUAUAUGUUUACUUUAAAUCUUUAUCUUAUGUGAUGUGCCACAACUGAAGUUCCUUCUGGAAAAAAUGUAAUUUAAGGUUUCAAACGAAGGGUAUAUUACUGGAAACUUUCGACGUUUACCAGUAAACUACCAGAAUUUUGGUAAAUUUCAAGUUUUGGGGGGGAAUUUUAUAAGAUGACAUCUAAUGAGCUUUUUUGGGUAUUUCUGAUUAUCACAUGUCUGUAAUUAUCUCUGGCCCUCUGUGUGGCCUUAUCACUGUAAUUAUCUCUGGCCCUCUGUG